AGUCCCCGCUCGGGGCACGGGCGCCGCACAGGUACGGGCGGGGCGGAGGUGGCGCGUCCGUGGGCGGGCUCCUGUGCUCCGCGUGCCGCUCACUCCUCACUCCAGGGAGCACCAAGGUUGCCUGAGGGAGGUAGGAGGCUGGGCCCUGCUGGGAACUUGCUGUGUGUCCCUGAGACAAGUCGCCCAGCCCUUCUGAACCACCUAGUUCUGGCCCCGAGUGCGGCGCCCUGGCCAUGUGCAGCCCUGAGGAGGAGGCCCUGCUGCGGCUGGAGGAGGUCUUCUCGGCUACGCUCGCCCGCAUCAACAGCCUUGUCCUCCAGCCCCUGCUCGAAACCACCCCAGAGCCCUCGGACCCCCGGGGCAGAGAGCACCUGCGGCUCUUGCAGCAGCUGCACCAGAGCUCCCAGCAGCUCUGGGAAGUGACAGAGGAGAGCCUACACUCGCUGCGGGAGAGGCUGUGCCAUCAGGACUCCGUGGGUCUGGAAUCCCUGCUCUUGCUGUGCGGUGCCGACCGUGUCCUGCAGGUCCACGUGGAGUACAUCGAGUCCUACACCAGCUGCCUGGUGGUACAGGUCUUUCAGAAGGCAGCAAAGAAGAAGAGGGAAUACUGGCGACGCCAGAGGAAGGCACUGUGGCAGCUCCUGUCGGGCGUGAGCUCAGAGGCCUCUGUGGGCACAGCGCUGGCCCAGGCCCUCUGCCAGCCGCUCGCCCAUCACGUGCAGCAGUACGUGUUCCUCCUGCUGAGCCUCGGGGACACCAUCGGGGAGCAUCACCCCACUCGGGAGCUGGUGGUACACGCAGCCACUGUCUUUGGGAACCUACAGUCCUUCAUGAGGCAGGCGCUGGACCAGGCCAUGGCCACGCAGGCCCUCUGGCACACCCUGAGCAGCCGGCUGAGAGAUGUGCUCUGCACCCCUGCUCGCCGACUCCUUCAGGACAGCCAGGACAUACCCGUGAUGGUCACCCCGCUGCGGGCAGAGCGUGUGCUGCUCUUCGAUGAUGCCCUCAUCUUGCUACAGGGCCACAAUGUCCACAUUUUUGAUCUGAAGCUGGUGUGGAUAGAUCCUGCGCAGGACGGGUGCAUGUUUCACCUCCUCACACCUGAGGAAGAGCUCUCCUUUUGCUCCAAGGACCCUCAGGACCGGACGGUCUGGCAGUGGAAGAUGACUCAGGCUGUGUGCCAGGCCCUGCGUGGAAAGAAGGACUUCCCGGUGCUGGGGGCGGGCCUGGAGCCCUCCGAACCCCCCACCUGCCGCUGCGUGGCGUACACCUUCCGCGCGGAGGGCCGGCUCUGCCAGGCCACCUACGAGGGCGAGUGGUGUCGGGGCAGGCCCCACGGCAAGGGUACCCUGAAGUGGCCGGAUGGACGGAAUCACGUGGGGAAUUUCUGCCAGGGCCUGGAGCAUGGCUUCGGCAUCCACCUGAUACCCCAGGCCUCUGAGGACACGUUUGACUGCUACAAGUGCCACUGGCAGGAAGGCAGCAUGUGUGGCUAUGGCAUCUGUGAGUACAGCACCGACGAGGUAUACAGAGGCUACUUCCAGGCGGGCCUGCGGCAUGGAUUCGGGGUCCUCGAGAGCGCCCCCCAGGCCCUGCAGCCCUGCAAGUACACGGGCCACUGGGAGAGGGGCCAGCGGAGUGGCUAUGGCAUCGAGGAGGACAGUGACAGGGGUGAGCGCUAUAUUGGCAUGUGGCAGGCCGACCAGCGCCAUGGCCCGGGGGUCAUGGUCACCCAGGCUGGUGUCUGCUACCAGGGGACCUUCCAGGCAGACAAGAUGGUGGGCCCAGGGGUCCUCCUCUCUGAAGAUGACUCCUUGUAUGAGGGCACCUUCACCAGGGACCUGACCCUUGUGGGGAAGGGCAAGGUCACCUUCCCCAAUGGCUUCACCCUGGAGGGUUCUUUUGGCAGCGGGGCAGGGAAAGGGCUGCACACCCAAGGCAUGCUGGACACGGCUGCCUUCCCGCCAGAUCCAAGCAGCACCCGUAAGAGGCAGCUAGGUGUGGGUGCCUUCCCGGUGGAGAGCCGCUGGCAGGGCGUCUAUGGCCCCUUCCGGGACUUCGUCAGUGCCGGCUGCCCUGGGGACCAGCAGGAGGCCCUACUGGGCUUCCACGUGCAGAACGCGAGGGAGCUGCGCAAGUCCCAGGAAUACCUGUGCUGUGAGAGGAGCCAGCCCGAGGCCUGUGCGGGCAGAAUGGAAGACGUCCUGGAUGAGCUGCUGCAGCACCGGGAGCCCAGGGCACUGCGGGAGUGCCUCAGGAAGGCCCUGGGCAACUCGCUGCACCCUCUGGGAAAGCUGCUCCGGACGCUGAUGCUAACCUUUCAGGCCACAUAUGCUGGCAUUGGGGCCAACAAGCACCUACAGGCGCUCGCCCAGGAGGAGGUGAAGCAGCAUGCCCGGGAGCUCUGGGCCGCCUACAGGGGUCUGCUGCAGGUGGCCUUACAGCGCAAGGGCCAAGCUCCGGAGGAGGACGAGGAUGCAGAGACAAGGGACCUGCAGGUGCACGGACUGGUACUGCCUCUUAUGCUGCCCAGCUUCUACUCGGAGCUCUUCACUCUCUACCUGCUUCUUCACGAGAGGGAGGAUGGUCUGUAUAGCCAGGGCAUUGCCAGCCUGAGCCUCUUCCCCGACACCAAGCUGCUCGAGUUCCUGGACGUACAGAAGCACCUGUGGCCCCUCAAGGACCUCACACUGACCACCAAUCAGAGACUCUCCCUGGUCAGGGACAAGUGCUUCCUGUCAGCCACAGAGUGUCUGCAGAAGAUCAUCACCACAGUGGACCCCCGGGAGAAGCUGGAGGUGCUAGAGAAGACAUAUGGGGAAAUUGAGGCCACUGUGUCGCGUGUGCUGGGCCAGGAGCACAAGCUGCCCAUGGAUGACCUGCUGCCGCUGCUCAUCUACGUGGUGUCACGUGCCCGAAUCCAGCACCUGGGAGCCGAGAUCCACCUGAUUCGGGACAUGAUGGACCCCAUCCACACGGGAGGCCUGUAUGACUUCUUGCUCACGGCCCUGGAGUCCUGUUACGAGCACAUCCAGAAGGAAGACAUGAGGCUGCUCCGCUUUCCUGGCCGCUGGGACUCCAGGGAGCCCUGGUAGCUCGGCCUCUCCCGGGCCGACCGCAGAGCCGAGAGGCGCCGCCACGGACUUCCCAAGGGAGCAAGCGUGACCCGGCCUGGCCCCCAUCGCCCACGGAGCAGAGGAGGAGUCUUGGAGGAGAUGAACAGUUCCUCCGAGGGAGAUGCUGCUGCUGCCCUGGGCGGGCUGAGGGUGGGGAGCGACAGGUGUGCCUCCACGGCCUGCCAUGAGGUCCGUCUUGGAUGACGCCCUUGACACAUGCAGGCUCUUUGCUGCCUGAGCCUUGCUCCCAUUAUAGAGCCUCCCGGGGCCUCAGUGUUGCUGUCUGUAUACUAGUGGGCUGGACUGUCUUGGGACGGACCUUCCACUCAUCUUGCUGGAUUCUGGAAUCCCUUCUGGAAGUUUGGCGUUAGUCUGCUGGGCUGAAAUCCUCACCUCACUGUCAGUGUUGUUGUUUCCCCACUCUUAGCCAGAGGCCCCAACUUGCUAGUGACCACUCUGUUUAUUGGAACUUUUGUCCGCUAGUGGCCUCCUGGGGACCUGCCUCCUUCCUGAUUGCCCCAGAGCUGAACUGGCCUUUCAGGGAGGCAAGGCUGAACAAACUUGCAGUUCCACUCGACCUGCUGGGUGUCCUCUGGCGCGGCCCUUCCCCUUGGUGGUUUGUGAUAGAACAGGUGCCUGGAGGCCUCCAA